CUCUGGGUAAUUACGGUAGCGGACGUCAUCUUCCUCCCCCACACCCUAGGCUCUGCACAGCUCUUUUGCCGGUGAAAGCUUGGUCGGAUAGCGUGGGUGCCAUUUGGCGCAGUAUUGAGCUACAUCAGUCGACAAAGGGCGUCCAGUUAUUUAUUUAUCGUCGUAUUUUGAGUUUUAUUUAAUAGAUUUUGCCGUUAAGCAUUCACAAUGAGCUCAAUUAACGUCAAAAAGCUGAAAGUGAACGAGCUGAAGGACGAGCUGAAAAAGCGUAAUCUUUCGGACAAGGGGCUGAAGGCCGAGCUUAUGGACCGCCUGCAGGCCGUGCUGGACGAGGAGGCCCUUGCCGGAGACUCCCCGCUGAACCAAGAAGCUGCAGCGGACGAGGGUCCCGGCCAGGCCGCAGACCUGGAGGGCAUGGGAGAGGAAGAAGAGGGCGAGGGCCCGAUAGAAGAAAGCAUGGAGGCCAACGAAGAAGAGGAGGAGGAGGAGGAGAAAGAAGAAGAAGAAGAGCCGGAAAAUGGGGGCGCCGCUGAUGGCGCUGCCGAGGACGAAGAGAUGGGUGAGGGGGAAGAGGACGGAGACGAGGACGACGAGAUGGAUCCCAUGCUCAAGGGAGAUGUCGACGACAUGGAGAAAAUAGACACAGAUGAUGGUGAGCCCGCGGACCAGGCUGCUGAGGGGGAUGCGGACAAAGACACGAAUGCUGAUCAGAAGAAUAAGAAGGGUGUUAAGAGACGCCGGGAGGAACAUGGAAGGGGCUACUUUGAAUUUAUUGAAGAGAACAAAUACAGCUGGGCCUCAUUUAAGUCCCCUGUGCCACCCCUGGAGGAAGAAGACGAGGAGUUUGAUGACACAAAAGUCUGCCUGGAUACCUACAACUGCGACCUGCACUUUAAGGUGUCACGGGACCGUUACAGCGCCUCAUCUCUCACAAUGGAGAGUUUUGCUUACCUCUGGUCCGGAGGCAAGGCCACCUAUGGCGUGAACAAAGGCAAAGCCUGCUUUGAGAUGAAGAUUGCAGAGAAAAUUCCUGUGAAGCACAUUUCCAGCAAGAACAUGGAGAUUCAUGAUGUGCAGGUCGGCUGGUCCCUGUCUACUGGAACACUCCUCCUUGGUGAGGAGGAACAUUCUUAUGCAUACUCUGGGAAAGGCAAGAAGACCACCAACUGUGUCACGGAGGACUUCGGAGAGACCUACGAGGAGAAUGAUGUCAUCUGCUGCCUUAUUGACUUUGAGGGCGAGGAUGUGGUGUUGUCCUUCUCCAAGAAUGGCGCCGAGCCGGCUGUCGCUUUCCAGGUGAACAAGGAGACUCUGAAUGGCCAGGCCCUUUUCCCACACGUCAUCUGCCACAAUUGCGCCGUGGAGUUCAACUUUGGCCAGAUGGAGACUCCGUACUUCCCUCAGCCUCAGGGCUACACCUUCCUGCAGCAGAUGCCUUUGGAUGACAGAGUCCGUGGGCUCAAGGGCCCACAGACCAAGGCCGACUGCGAGAUCAUAGUGAUGGUUGGCCUACCAGGCUCAGGGAAGACUACGUGGGUGAAGAACCAUGUCCAGGAGAACCCUGGGAAAUACUACAUCCUGGGCAGUGACACCAUCGUGGACAAGAUGAUGAUCAACAGCCUGAAACGACAGUCAAAGGACAUUACAAAACUGACCGCCAUUUCCCAGAGAGCACCACUUUUCCUGGGAAAGUUUAUUGAGAUUGCCGCACGCAAGAAGAGAAACUACAUCCUGGAUCAUACUAACCUGUCUGCCCCAGGGCAGAAGAGGAAGAUGUGUUUGUUUGCGGGCUUCCAGCGCAAGGCUGUGGUGGUCUGCCCCUCCGACGAGGAAUACAAGCAGAGGGUCCAGAAGAAGGUUGAGAGCGAUGGCAAAGAAGUGCCCGAGCACGCGGUCUUCAAAAUGAAAGGCUUCUACUCUCUGCCUGCGGAGGGCGAGAGCUUCAACGACGUCGUCUUCGCCGAGCUGCAGAAGGAGGAGGCCGGGAAGCUGCUGGAACAGUACAAAGAAGAAAGCAAGACGGCGCUGCCGGCCGAGAAGAAACCCAACCAGGGAAGCACGACGCCAAAACGAGGCGGCGGCCUGCGUGGCGGCGGCCGCGGAGGAAAGAACCAGUUUGGCCGCGGCAGUGGGCCCGGCCAGAGGGGCGGUGGCCGCGGAGGCUUCCAGAGCAGAGGCAACUUCAGAGGAGCUCCUGGCCCUCGUGGCGGCUUCAGCCGUCCACCUCGUGGCUUCCUGCCUCCCCCACCCUUCAGAGGAGGGUUCCACAGCCGUGGGAACUUCAACCGGGGCGGUGGCCCUAUUCCCAGCCUGGGUGGAUCCCCCAGGGGUGGGCCAAUGAGGGGUAACAUGGGACCCAGGGGUGGCCCCAUGAACAGGGGUGGCCCCAUGAACAGGGGUGGCCCCAUGAACAGAGGGAACAUGAGCAGAGGAGGUGGAGCCAACAUGCACCGUGGUGGAUCCAGGGGACAUCACAACCAGUUUCAGCAGAGAGGUGGUAACCGUGGCAACUUUAGCAACUUUGGAAACAAGAAUGGCAACUUUGGAAACAACCGGAACGGCGGUAACUUUGGCAACAGGAAUGGGAUGGACAAGGCCCAGGCCUUCAACCAGAGCUGGCAGCAAGGGUUCUGGAACCAGAAGCCAUGGAGCCAGCAGUAUCAGCCGGGCUAUUACUAAGACACUUGUUGUAACGGACUGGUGGCCGACACUGAGACCCACCGCUAGCCACGGAACUUCCCUCCACCCCCCCGGCUUUCUUUUUCCCCUAAAACCCACUUUUAAUGAUCUGGUAAACUGACAAUGAAGACUAACGUGAUAUGGAGCAACAACAUUCCACAUCAGAGAGGCAACCCAAGCUUUAUAUUCUCUAAUAUACACAUGUACAACGUGGGUUCAUUUUCAUCCAUCUGUUUUUUUUUUUUUUUUUUUUUUUUUUUUUUUUUUGUGUAUAUUUUCAUCUUGUUUUCACAACUUUUAAAUGACGUGCUUUUAAAAAAAAAAAAAAAAAAAAAAAAAAUCUUGUUUGUAAUAUCAGGAACCUGAGAUAUUUUGGCUAGCCUGGCAGAUGUUGAGAUUUUUUUUUUUUUUUUUUUUUCUUCAGGGUUGUGCAUUUUAUCUGUGCUGUGAUUUUUGUUUUUGCUUUUUUUUUUUUUUUUUUUUUUUUUUUUAUUACAAAUUGUAAAUAUUUGUUUGCGUAGUUUGUAUAAGUAGUUAAAAAAAACGGUAAUGAUUGAAAGGAACCUUGGCUUAUUAGCAAGAAGCAUGGUAGCUGAUUAUAUUGUUAGGCUGUACAUGUCAAAAGUCCACUGUCUGACAGUGAAACUGAAGUAACGGAUGACUUGUCUUUUGUUCCCAGUAUCAAACUUGUAACCUAAACUCUAUAGACGUACAAUAAACAACUCGUUGGCUUUUUUACAUUC